AGGCAAACCCUUCUCGAAUGAUUGCGAAGCCGGGAGCAACGAACCUCGCUCGUUGCGACAUUGAAUAUCGAAACGUAAGGAAAAAUUCAAUUAAGUGAGGGUGGAUACGACAGAUCUUGGGACAGUUCAGUAGAGCAGAGUGCGAACAGUGGGCCAAGUGUUGCACAUCUCCCAUCACGUGACUAAACUGCGAGUAAAAAGACGCCCACUACGACCGGAGCGGGAGUAUGCCUUGUGAUCUCAGCACGAGCGGUAUCUACAAGCCAGGAUCACAGUGCUGGACACCAGAAUCCUCUAUUGGCCCACUAGUUCUCAAGAAAGACUUUAUCAACCCGGAAUUGAAGUUUCCUGCGGAUGUGGAGUGGAAGUGGUUUUCCCGCGUCCACAUUGCUCUUCCGCUAAUUAUAGUUUCCUGCGGAUGUGGAGUGGAAGUGGUUUUCCCGCGUCCCCGCCUUCGCAUUGGAUGCAGUAGGCGAGUGGGAGCACUGCGCAUUCGUUUUGCGCAUCGUAGGAUUCCCUCCCCACCAACAGGCCAGCACUGCCUAAUGGUAGGAUACAUAAUUUCUUUACGUUUAAUCUCACUUCAGUGCGUGAAGGUGACUGUUGCGCAACUGCAUUGCGUAAUGGAUCAACAACAGCAAGGAGUGUCUGUCAUACGUCAUACUGCUGAAGAUUGCGUAAUGGAUAAACCACAGCGAGGAGUGUCUGUCAUACGUCAUACGUCUGAGGUUAUGGGGAGCCUGUGGAACACGAACUCUUUCCACAAUGAAACCAGUGAGUACGGUGCUCCUAGAAUGAAGAGGAAAACGACAAGUCUUCAUUACGCUGCGCACGAUGGAGACUGCUUGAGGAUUGAAAGCCUGUUGGCGGUAGGAUUCGAUAUAGAAGCGAGAGAUGCUUACGACAGAACGCCAUUGCUGAGAGCCGCCCUUAAUGGACAUAUUGACGCCUUUGAUUUACUUCUACGAUAUGGAGCAGACUUCAACGCACGAGAUGAGUGGGAAAGAACUGCGGAACAUCUAGCUGCAAAAAAUGGACACCGGGAACUAUUUUGUUUUAUUUUGGAAUGGGCAGGAGAAGGUACUAUAACGUUUGGGGAAAACAAAAUAUUAAACAGUUUUGCUGAUAUAAAAAUAAGCUGCGCGGCUCUCUACCGACAUCUUUUCUUGUCAGGAGAAAAGUUUUCCUUUGUUUUUACUGGAACUUGUAGAUCUGAAGAUAUGACUAAUGAACUUCACUAUGCGGCUUCGUUCAAAUCAGCGGAAGAAGUAGAAAACUUUUUACUGCGGGGAUACGAUGUAGACCUCCCAGAUGAACGUCGACGUACUGCUUAUCUAAGAGCAGCUUUGUCUGGAAAGGUUUCCGUGUUAGUAAUACUGGAAAAAUACAACGCAAAUAUAACAGCCACUGACAAUUAUGGCCGUUCAGCUGUACAUUUAGCGUCAAAAGAAAACAAGAGUGAAGCCCUUAUACAUCUAUUGAAAGUAGGUGCCGACGCUACAGUGAAAGACGAUUGGUGUCGCCAACCUUUACAUUUAGCUUCUCUUAAAGGGGCGAUGGAAACGCUUAAGAUACUUUUUGACCAUUUAAAAUGCAUAAAAAUUGAGGAGCCACUUCAGUGUGUUGACAAUUAUGAAAGAACACCUUUACAUCUCGCAGCUAAGGAAAACAAGACAAAUAUUAUUCAAUACUUGAUAGAAAAUGGGGCUGAUCCAAAAGCUCCAGACAAUUAUGGUCGAUUACCUCAUCAUAUAGCAGCUUUACACGGACGUAAAGACGCGCUGAAAAUACUUUUGAAAUUUGUUGACAUAAAUUGUGUAGAUAAGUGGGAACACACGGCCUAUUAUCUGGCUGUUUACUAUGAACAUACAGAAGCUGCGAAGUUUCUGUUGGAAAAUGGGGCUGAUCCAGAGGCUGGUUUAUGGUUAGGCGGUGGGAUUUGAAAUAAUUAUAAUAAUAAUGUAGGUUGGUUCAUGGUUUGACUAUGAGAUGAGAAAUAAUAAUUAUACAAAUAAUGACCACUAACAAUUAUUGUAAGUGUACCUUUCACUGAUUCAUUAAAUAAAUAAUUAAAUCUUCUACGACAUUGAUUCCCAUCUCGUUCGGAUGGAUUUUCAUCCAGUUUUCUUUGAUCCAAUGAGCAUAUGCUGAUAUACCCUUUCCUGGUUUUGAUUAUGAACAAAAAAU